GCAGAAAAGAUUCGAUGUUAAUGGCUUAUAUAAACGAGCAGCAUCUGAAGAGUAAGCAUUUUAAGUUCGGUUUUUUAUAUAUAAAACGCAGUUCACUUCGUAUCUUUCGCCUCAAAUCCCUAAUUCCCAAAUCUCCCACACAAUGGACCUCACCAAGAAGCGCAAAACGGAAGAGAACGGCGAUGCCAAUUCUACGCCGCCACCGUCUUCCGACGCUGCCGUCGCAACCACCACUCCCCUCGACGCAGAAGACAUCCGCAAGAUCCUCCAACCCUUCUCCCAGGACCAGCUCCUCGACCUCCUCCAAUCAGCCUCCCUCCGCCACCCCGACGUUCUCGAUGCCGUCCGCUCCGUCGCCGACCGUGACUCCACCCUCCGCAAACUCUUCGUCCGCGGCCUCGCCGGCGACACCACCUCCUACACCCUUCGCACCGUCUUCUCUGCCUUUGGCGAACUUGACGAGGCCAUCGUAAUCUUCGACAAAUCCUCCGGCCGCUCCAAGGGCUACGGCUUCGUCGUCUUCCGCCACGUCGACGGCGCCAUCCUGGCUUUGAAAGAGCCAAGCAAGAAAAUAGACGGUAGAAUGACGGUGACGCAGCUGGCGGCGGCGGGAGGCCCGGGCGGCUCCGGCGACGUGUCGACGAGAAAGGUGUUCGUGGGUAACGUGCCGUUCGAGAUAUCCUCGGAGACGCUUUUGAGCGAAUUCAUGAAGUUCGGGGAAAUCGAGGAAGGGCCUCUAGGGUUUGAUAAAUCGAGUGGGAAAACGAGAGGCUUCGCUUUCUUCGUUUACAAAACCGAAGAGGGUGCUAGGGCUUCGUUGGUGGAACCAUCGAAGACGAUUGAGGGACACCAAGUGAUUUGCAAAUUGGCCGUUGAUAACAAAAAGACGAAGGCUUCAGGGUUUGGUGGGGAGCACCAGCAGCAUCAGCAACAUCAGCAGCAGCAACAAGCUCCUAUGUUUGCAUCUCAGUACGGUGGGUAUGGUGGGGGCGGUGGUUAUGCGAUGCAGCAGCAUUCGGUGCCACCGUUUAGUAAUCCUGUUCCGGUUCCGGGUGGUGGUGGGUAUGGACAUGGGUAUGGUAAUUCGCAGUUUGGUGGCGCGGUUGCCGGUGACUAUGGGGGAAGGGUGGUUCCAAAUUCUGGUGGAGGGUUCCCUGAUGGGUCGCAAUAUGGGUUUCCUCCUCCGUCUGCGGUUCCCUCGCAGCCUGCUCCCAUGCCAAGACCUCCCCCUGGAGGAAUGUACCAAGGCGUUCCACCUUAUUAUUGAGGUGUUUCAUUCAGGUUUGUGAUGGCUUCUUGGACGCUAAUGCUUUAAAUGGUUGUGCUGAUUUCCUGCAUGCAGACAAUGAAAUCUUUGCUUUUGGUUACAUGGACUGCUGUAAUUUGUUGCUGCUUCACUACCUCUGCUUCUAUGUGUUAUGGUUCCAUUUGUGGUAGAUGUUAAUUAAGGCUUACAUGACUUGGUGUAGUAUUUGAAUGUAGUACUUAUGUGGAAUUUCUAUAGAACAUUUUAUCUCUAGUUUUUACCUAAAUUAGGUUCCUGAGUACGAGUAAAUGCCAAGGUGCUUAUAUUAAAUUUUAAAUGUUUCUUAUUGUUAUUUAUGUUCCUACAUGCAUAUAUUUACACUAUGUGGCUGUUAUGGUGUUGGUUUUGGUUUAUUUUAAGUGUUUUCUCUUUUAUAAUUUCUGUUCAUCGCAAAUAUUUGUUUUGUAUGGUGGAACCCAUGAUAU